UGUAAAAGUCACCCUUUAAAAACCUCCCCAACAGAGCCCCAUUGAUAAAUAAACCGGAAAAUACUGGGCCGACACCUAACAAUUUCUCCGAUUCCACCGCACACAUUCAAACUAAAUAAUCCAACGACUAGCUAAAAGCUUUGGCACAUUAUAUUUUUUGAGAGAGAAGAGAUUAUUACGGAGUCUUUAACCAGCUAAAACUUCAUUGUUUCGAUAUGCCGCCAGCUGCCGACGUUGUUGGACACCACCGUGUAGUACCCUUAGAUUCUAAGGUUACGCCCACGGCCUUCAUGGUAUCGGAGACGUUUGCUAAGGACGCAAUAUUAGCGUGGUUCAGGGGAGAGUUUGCUGCUGCAAAUGCGAUUAUAGAUGCGCUUUGCAACCAUAUAACUCAGCUUGAGGGAGGAAGAGCAGAGCAUGAAUCGGUGUUUGCAGCCAUCCACCGCCGGAGGCUGAAUUGGAUCCCAAUUCUACAGAUGCAAAAGUACUGUUCCAUUGCCGAGGUUACACUCGAUCUACGUAAAGUCGCUGAGAGAAAGAUCAAGGAGAGAGAGGAGUUUGCAAUCUCCAAACAGUUCGAUAACCAGGCAAGCACUCAUGAAAUAGUGGAUGGAGAUGAUUCUCCUGAAACUGACAUCACUCAUGAAAUAGUGGAUGGAGAUGAUUCUCCUGAAACUGACAUCACUCAUGAUACAGGACUCUUAAUACAACACUUGGAAGAAAGUGUUGAAUUCUGCUCAAACCAUGAGAACUGUGAGGCAAGGCAUGCCCACAUCAAGAUGACAAAGGGGUUUGUGUCGAAAGAGCUAGUCAAAGGGCAUAUGGUGAAUGUAGUGCGAGGUCUCAAGUUAUUCGAAGACAUAUUUACUCCAAAUGAAAUCUCUAAACUAAAUGAUUUAGUGGACGAACUUCGUGUUGCUGGCCAGAAUGGUGAACUCUCAGGUGAAACUUUUAUUUUAUUCAACCAGCAAGUGAAGGGCAACAAAAGAGAGAUGAUUCAGCUUGGGACCCCAAUUUUCGGACAUAUAAAAGAGGAGGCCAUGUGUCAAAAGAGUAACAUUGAACCCAUUCCAGCUCUUCUACAAGGUGUCAUAGACCACCUGAUUCAGUGGAAUCUAAUAUCAGAAAGUAGAAGGCCUAACAGCUGUGUAAUCAACUAUUUUGAUGAGGGGGAGUAUUCACAGCCUUUCAUGAAACCACCACAUUUGGACCAGCCGGUGUCUACCCUUCUCCUCUCUGAAUCAAUGAUGGCAUUUGGUAGAGCUCUUGUGAGUGAUAGUGAUGGGAACUACAAAGGAUCAUUCAUGCUUUCUCUUAAACAAGGGUCUCUUUUAGUCAUGAGAGGAAACAGUGCCGAUAUGGCUAGACAUGCACUGUGCUCAUCAGCUAGCAAAAGAGUUGCUAUUACAUUCUUCAAAGUAAGAACAGAGAUGAAUAACUUCGUCUCGGAUCAAAAAAUCCCUCCUCUGACUAAAGCAAUGACCUUAUGGCAGCCUGGUGUCCCAACACAUUAUUCAACUGCAAAUGGAGCAGCUAAUGGUUAUAAGAUUAUGGAUGUGAUGCCUAAAUGGGGUUUCCUUCGAGCUCCAGAAUUUAUGGUAGCUCCUGUGCGUCCGAUGGUUCUAAGCCCUCGAAAAAUUCCAACUGGUGGUACUGGUGUCUUUCUUCCAUUAUCAAGAAAACCUGCAAAACAUAUUCCACCACGUGCCCAGAAAAGGCGGUUUCUUGAGCUACCUUCCCCUAGUGGGUCGCCUAAAUCAGCGAGCAGUUCAGAAGCAAGUACGGCUAUUUAGACCGAGUAUGAUCAGAGACCCAUUAGUGCUGCAUCCAACAUCCCUUGUCCGUUGUUACUUCUCUCCACGAUGAGCUCAGUUGUUGAGUAUAGAUAUAUAUUGUGCGUUUUUUAUUCCCUUCAAAGGUUUUCCUUCUUUACUUAGGUGUUGGUUGAUAUACCUUUUACUUAUGCUAACCAUGAGAGGCUUUAGAUAUUUUGAGCUUAGUCAGUUGAGUGUAUUAUCUGCUGAAUUUUUCAUUGAGUUUUUCCUUUUUCUAUCAAUCUCUUCAAGGACAGUAGAGGUUGAUUUUAAUGUAAUUAUAUCCUCUUUCUCUUCUCAAGUACCAGCAAUUAUUAUUAUUUUCAUUCA